GUAACCUUUCUUCUAAAACUCCCCCAAACCAAAACUCUUAAAAAUUAUUAUAAGAUUUUAUUUUUUUGAGGAAGUUAUAUUAUUAGAGAUGAAAAUUUCUGGCUUAGCACAUGUUGCGGUAGCUGUUUUUGUUCUCCAAUAUUUAUGUAACCAAACAACUCCCAUCUCAGCCAUAAGCACAUUCCCCAACCAAACAUACUUUAACUACAUUAAAACAUCAUGCAACGUUACAAUCUAUCCCAGAUUGUGUUACGAGUCUCUCUCUGUGUUUGCAGAGAAUAUCAAAACCAACCCCAAACUCUUGGCCUCCACUGCUCUAAACGUGACCCUUGAAGCCACAAAAACGACGUCGGCUAUCAUCAACAGGUUGUCUAGGGUACAGGGUUUGAGUCCCAUUGAAGCUGCAGCUGUUCAGGACUGCGUGGAGGUGAUUGGUGACUCGUUGGACGAGCUGCAAAAGUCAGUAUGCGAAAUGGGUCAACUCGGAAGCUAUGAUUUUGCGGUUCAGAUCAGUGAUAUUCAGACUUGGGUUAGUGCUGCUUUGACCGACGAUGACACUUGUGUUGAUGGUUUUUCUGGGCGUGGCAUGGAUGGUCAUGCCAAGGCCACUGUCCGGAAUCAUGUGCUCAAAGUUGCUCAUCUUACUAGUAAUGCUUUGGCUCUGGUCAAUAGCUAUGCCUCACUGGUUCAAGCUGCCUUGUUGCCUUAAGUUUUCUGUUUGGUUCUCGGGAAAGGAAGAAAGAAAAAAUUGGAAAAGUAAAGCUAUUAUUGAUUAAGAAAAGAUCAUUUUAGUACCCUUUUGGCAUAAACCUUUUAUCUUUCGGGGAACAAAGAUAUAUAUGACAGGGGAAGUUUUUGCCAUAUAUUGCAUAGUGUAAAUCUAAUAAGAAAUUUGUAAGUGCAUUUAAGUAUGCAUAUAUUUGUGUAUAUAAUUAUUGGGCAUGAUAUAAUUCUAAAUUUAUGUACAUCUGUUGCUCAA